ACAACCAAAAGAAUAUGAGCAGAAUAGAUCCAACAGAGUUUGUUCAAGCCCUUGAUGGACAAAGUUCUCUUAAGUUUCCGAAUGAAAGACAGCAAUCACAUUUUGAACUAGGUGUCACCAUGGCUGUUCACAAGUGGGAAGAGUUGAACGUCGCUGUUGACAAUUCCUGGGGUGGGCCUAACUCUGCAGAUAAGAGAGAUUGGAUAUCAGGUAUUGUUAUCGAUUUGUUCGAGGAAAAGAUAGUUGAUGUUCAAUUAGUUGAAGAAACAUUAUUAUACGCCAUGUUAGAUGAAUUCGAUGUUCAUGUCGAUAACGAUUCAGCUCUUGAGAUUGCCAACAUGAUAAUCAAAUUCUACCAAAAAGCACAAUUGAAUGAUUUCAGUGAUAUAGAUAUCCUCUAUGAAAGAUGGCAAAUUAGACAACAGAAUAGACAGGCACAAAAAGUCAAGGUUGAAGAUGAUCCAGAAAAUCCUAGCAGUGAUGAAGAAGAUGAUGAAGAACAUGAGCAUUAUCAUGAGGACCAGCACAUAGACGACUCGAUGGAAGUCGAUAACGGUCCAGUAGUCGACGAUGAUGGGUUUACUUUGGUGCAAACCAAAAAGGGAAAUAGAAGACGGUAGGGUGCAUAACCUCGUAAAUAUAUUUUGUACGAUUAAUAAUAUGUAAAAAGAAUCAAUCUUAAUUACUGAUUGAGUUUCUUGGAGUGUUUGUCCUUGAACGGUUGAGGGUAUUCAACGAGUGGAAGGAUGACACAGAGUUUCCUCUGGUUGGGAAAUAGGCCUCCGGUUCUUGGGUUGGAGUAUUCAUGCCUGAAACCGGUGUAGCACUUCUUAUCUGUUGCAAUCUUAAGUCACUCAAUCUCCUAGACAAAUUAGAAGGUCUAUCCAAAGAAGGAGUCCCCGGCAUAGACUGAUUUGGAAUGACACCUAACUUAGAGUUGAAGAUGUCGAAUAAACUUGCUUCUGUUUUGAUCUUGAAUAAUCUUAUAUUUGUUUGAGACCAGUGAUUGACUUUAGUUAUUGACUUUUCCACCUCUGCAACUGUUUCUGGGGUUUCAACAAUUGCGUUCAUGGUGGUAUCUCCUCCUUGGAAGAACUUACCGAACGAUAAAACGGUAGAGGCUAAGUUUUUCACAAUUUUGUAGUUUCCACCAGUAGCAUGUUCAACACUGUCAAUUCCAUUGUAGAUAUCACUGAAAAGCAAUGACAAGUACCAGCCCAAGGAGAUUGUACUCCAAGAAAAUUUCAAUGGAAUUAAAGGAGAUGUAGGAAGGAAGUCAUAGUUGAUUUGUUUCAGGUUUUCUUCAAUCACUUUUGCAAAAUCGGCAUCAGCAAUAUGUUGAACCAACGUAAAGGCGUCAAUACCUGGUGCGUUAUCAACCGCCCAAACCUCACUCAAAGUGAGCUUCAAGUGUGGGAUAAUCACCGUGAUAAUGAUCCUCAAUGCAUCAUUGCCGGCCCAGGUUUUGCUUAUGCUAGCCUCCUUUCUUUGUUUACCUCUGG